UCUGCUAUAGGAUUGGCUAUUAUAUUGUAGAUGGUUCAAUUAUUGCUAUCCGUUUUAGGCUAUCCGUUCAAUUAUUGUUGUUGAAUUCAGUUUUGCAAUUUGAGAGAUCAUGUCGGAUGGACGGAGAAAGACCUUCGAACUAUCAGAGAAACGCAACUAUUAAUUAUUUAUCCGUCCCCAACAGCUUCCUCGUGGAUCAGUUCAAGACACCUACAGCAUAGAGAGAUCGGAGAUAAGUAUCUAUGGCGGGGGAGGUAGCCGUAACGAUGGCAGUGCAAAUGCUGGGCGAACUUGCCAGCCAAAAGGUGUCAUUAAUGCUAGGCGUGGAGAAAAAGGUGAAAGAGCUGCGAGACGAGCUCGAGAAGAUGCAGAGUGUCCUUCGACGAGCUGCCGAUAGGCCGACGGACGAUGAGAGGGUACUCAAAUGGGUAUCCGACAUCAGAGACAUCGCCCACGACACCGAAGAUCUGAUCGAGUCUUUCUCCGUCAACGUCGUCGACGCCCCUCGGCGAAGACGAGGAGCGCUGCUGGGACGGUGUGCUUCGUUUCCGGUGAAAAUGUACCAAUUGUUCAUUCUGGGGCAUGAGAUUGAGUCUAUACAGAAAAGGCUCGAACGCAUGGACGACAUGCGUGCGAGGUAUCCAACCCCGAGCCUUGACGAGGCGAGUCCGGUCUCAUCCAAUGGCAUUGAGCUGAGGCGUCGUGUGUCACCGUGGCAUCAAGAUAAGCACGUGGUGGGCUUGGAGGGACAUGUCGAAACUAUACUAAAAAAAGCAAUUUUGGUGAAAAAGGGUGGGCUCUUUAUUAGCAGCAUUGUUGGUAUGGGCGGUGUGGGAAAGUCGACGCUUGCAACCAAAGUAUACAACGAUGCCGCCAUCCACAAGCAGUUCGAGCAGAGAGCUUGGGUCACUGUGUCCCAAAAUUUUAACCUAAAGGAGCUGUUAAAAACGCUGUUGCUACAGCUAAAGAAAGGCGAAAACAUGGAGAAUUAUCCGGUGGAACACUUGGAGCAAAAGGUGAACGAAUGCUUGAAGGGCAAACAAUAUUUUAUCGUGUUGGAUGAUGUGUGGCAACAACAAAGUUACGAGUGCAUCGUGAGAGCUUUCCCCGACGAAACAGAUAAAGCAAGUAGAUUGUUGAUAACAAGCCGUUAUCACAACAUUCCGAAUGCUGCUCGAUACGUUCAUGAGUUGAAAGGUCUAGAUCCCAAUCAAAGUUGGGAGUUAUUCUUGAAGACGGCUUUCGUUGAGAACAAAGAUGGAAAAUGUCCAAAAGAAUUGGAGGAUAUUGGAAGAAAAAUAGUGAACAAGUGUAAAGGCCUACCUUUAGCAAUCAGUGUAAUGGGAGGCCUGUUGUUGAACCAAGGACAAUCUGUAAGUGGUUGGGAAAGGGUGUGGAAAGGAAUGACAACUCAUUACGGAACACAAGAUCAUGAUAUGAAUGCCAUUUUGGAGUUGAGUUAUCGGGAUUUGCCUUCACAUCUGAAGUCCUGUUUCUUGUUUUUUAGUUUUUACAAGGAAGACGUCAAAAUAAAUGUGAAGACAUUGAUUCAUUUGUGGAUUGCUGAAGGUGUUGUUCCCCGAGGAGAAGGGGAAGAGACGAUGGAGGAGGUGGGAAUGAAUUAUUUGGAUGAGUUAAUAAAUAGGAAUAUGGUUCAAGUCUCCAUGGUGUCAGCUGACGGCCGUGUUAUUUCUUGUCAAAUGCACGAUCAUCUUCGUGAUCUAUCCAUUAGAAGAGCAAAUGAAGAGAUGAAUGUUGACAUUGUAAAUGAUGAGAAUAGUUUGGAGGAUCAACGCCCGGUUAAAGUUCGCCAUCUUGUGGCUUUUGGCAACAUUGAGAGGGUUGUAUCAUUGAGAACUCGGAACCCUCACCUUCGUUCACUUAUCUUUCAUUCAUCCACGCGUCAUUCUAUUAUUCCAUCUAGUGUAUGGAAGAGGCUCGGAGAGCGGCUUAAGGCACUUGAACUAAGAGAUUUUGAAGUGACAAAGCUUCAUAGUAGAAUUGGAAAGUUGAGUGGAUUGAAGUACCUUCAUUUAUCCUGCUUCGAAAUGCAAAAACUACCAAGAUCAUUAGGCCGCCUGAAGAACCUUCAAACACUUAGAAUUGAUAGAGGAAUGGAUCUUGAAGUCCCUAAUGUCAUAUGGAAAUUGGAUGGUCUUCGCCACCUUUAUAUGCUAAGGAAGAUCAUCUGCAAGGAGCCUUUGAGAUUGGACACACUGAAAAAUCUGCAAACAUUGGUUGGCGUUUCGACCAAGAAUAUUGUUGUUGACCAUCUAGCGAAAUUGGUGAAUCUACGAGAAUUGUCUCUGAUAGUGGGAGAAGAUGUUGAUAAAAUCUUCACCUUGUUGGCUACUUUGAAGAAACUUGAUGAUGUAGCUUUGGAUUGGUAUUGGAACGAUGAUCAAAGACAAAUUUAUUUGUUGAAUGAGAUUGUUAAUUUAUGCGCCGUAUCACAACUUUCAAUCUCCGGAAAGGUAGUAGAGUUGCCAAAUAGUUUCGCUCGCAAUAUUUCUCACUUGACUUUGUGGUAUAAUCAUCUCACUCAAGAUCCAAUGCCAAUGCUCGGGAGGUUACCGAAUUUAAUCUCCCUCAAUUUGCAUAAUAAUUCUUAUGUUGGCGAGAAAGUCGUAGUUUUGAAGUCUGCUUUCCCCAAGCUCAGAGUACUCCGUCUCCUCUAUCUGAGAAGGUUGAAAGAAAUAUACAUCGCGAAGGAGGGAGUGCCAAUGCCACAACUCAGAGAAUUAGAAGUCAAAUGCUGCCGACAUUUAGAGAUCAUUCCAAAGGAGGAAGAGAUGAUGAUAUUGAAGAGUCUCCAAAUGUUGAAGAUAUCGGAAACAAGCAAGAAAAUUGACAUCAAAUUCAAAGGCGACGACUACUCCAGUAUACUCUCAAAAAUACCUUAUGCAGUAGUAACGACUGAGUUCGUUUAAUGAUUAUUUUGUUAAUCAUCUGAUUUAAACAUUUAUUGAGUUUUUCAGACUACUCUACAUUACUUUUUGUGGUUAAUCAUUCUCCUCUUCAACCCCAAUUCCAAUCUAAUUCCA